CAAGUUCUUCCGCGUGGAGAAAAAAGACACCAGGCGCACCAAGCAAAGUCAACGCAGUGCAGGGAGCAUCAAUAAAAGACGCUCAGAUACACAGACACUCACAUUACACACGCUUACAAAGACACUAUCUUACACACUCCAGAAUCUGAUGAUGCCGAUUUCAAGCAGCUCUUCUUCCUCAACGAAGAGUAUGCGCAGGGCAGCGUCUGAGCUCGAGAGGUCUGAUUCUGUUACGUCUCCAAGAUUCUUUGGGAGACGACAAAGUUUGAUCGAGGAUGCGCGGAAAGAACGAGAGGCAGCGGCAGCCGCGGCAGAGGCGGCUGAAGCGACUGAACAGAUCGUGUUUGAGGAAGAGGAUGGAAAAGCGCUGCUCAAUCUCUUCUUCACGCUGAGAAAUUCCAAGACACCAGCACUGUCACGCUCUCUUAAGGUGUUCGAGACAUUUGAAGCUAAGAUCCACCACCUGGAAACACGGCCGUGCAGGAAGCCCCGGGACAGCCUGGAGGGGCUGGAGUACUUUGUCCGCUGCGAGGUGCACCUGUCUGAUGUCAGCACCCUCAUCAGCUCCAUCAAGAGGAUAGCAGAGGACGUCAAAACCACCAAAGAAGUCAAAUUUCACUGGUUCCCAAAGAAAAUCUCAGAGCUGGACAGAUGUCACCACCUUAUCACAAAAUUUGAUCCAGAUUUAGACCAAGAACACCCAGGAUUCACAGAUCCCGUCUAUAGGCAGAGGAGGAAGAUGAUUGGAGACAUUGCCUUCAGAUAUAAACAAGGGGAGCCUAUCCCCAGAGUAGAAUACACAGAGGAGGAGAUCGGUACAUGGAGAGAGGUGUACUCCACCCUGAGGGACCUGUACACCACCCAUGCCUGCAGUGAGCACCUGGACGCCUUCCGCCUGCUGGAGAGACAUUGUGGAUACAGCCCUGAAAACAUCCCCCAGUUGGAGGACGUGUCACGCUUCCUCAGAGAGCGUACAGGGUUCCAGCUGCGUCCCGUGGCAGGUCUCCUCUCUGCCAGAGACUUUUUAGCCAGUCUGGCCUUCCGCGUGUUCCAGUGUACCCAGUAUAUACGCCAUGCCUCUUCUCCCAUGCACUCCCCUGAACCGGACUGUGUGCACGAACUCCUGGGCCACGUCCCCAUUCUGGCUGACCGGGUGUUCGCCCAGUUUUCUCAGAACAUCGGUCUUGCUUCACUGGGGGCUUCAGAAGAAGAUAUUGAGAAACUGUCAACGCUCUACUGGUUCACGGUGGAGUUUGGUCUGUGUAAACAGGGUGGCAUUGUGAAAGCCUACGGGGCAGGACUCCUCUCCUCAUAUGGCGAGCUAGUGCAUGCUCUGUCAGAUGAGCCAGAGAGGAGGGAGUUUGACCCAGAGGCUGCUGCCAUUCAGCCCUACCAAGACCAGAAUUACCAGUCUGUAUACUUUGUCUCUGAGAGCUUCACAGAUGCCAAAGAGAAACUCAGAUCGUAUGUGGCUGGAAUUAAGAGGCCGUUUUCUGUGCGGUUUGAUCCCUACACCUACAGCAUAGAGGUCCUGGACAAUCCCCUGAAGAUCCGAGGAGGCCUGGAGUCUGUUAAGGACGAGCUGAAGAUGCUCACAGAUGCCCUCAACGUGCUCGCAUGAUGUACAACAACACCGCUACUGCUGCUGGUCCCACUCUGUGCCAAUUUGAUGUGUGACAUGACCAUUGUUCUCUUGUGCUUUAUGAGUUGCUUUAUGUGUUUGCUAAGUGGCGACCUUGAAACCUCUCACUGGACUUGUUUGGUUUAUUUGAUCUGGUGAUGUCUCUAAGAUAUGUUGUGCAGGUGGGUGGGCAUUAUCCAUUGGUACCCAUGUUUACUAAAGUCAGGAUUCAAUCUGAUCGCGCUUUGUAGACGAUGAGGCUUUUAAAGGUAAUUUUCCUCCAUUGGUGGAGACUGCAUUCAUCUCAAAUGUUGUACACCCUCCCCUCCGUAUUUAUUUGGACAGUGAAGCUAAAACUUUUAAUUUGGCUCUAUACUUGAGCAUUUUGGAUUUGAGAUCAAAUGUUUUAUGAGGCAACAGCACAGAAUGUCACCUUUUAUUUGAGGGUAUGUUCAUUCAUAUUUGUUUUACCGUUUAGAAAUGAAAGCACUAUAUGUAUCUAGUCGGCCCAUUUGAAGGUGUCAUAAGUAUGUGGACAAAUUCACUUAUAGUGUAUUAAAAUAGUCAAACAUUUAGUAUUUGGUCCCAUUUUCCUAACAUGCAAUGUUCCUAGCAUGUGACUCCACAAACUUGUUGGAUGCAUUUGCAGUUUGUUUUGGUUGUGUUUCGGAUUACGUUGUGCCCAAAAGGAACUGAAUGGUGAAUAAUAUAUUGUGUCAUUUUGGAGUCACUUUUAUUGUAAAUAACAAUAUAUUAUUUUUCUGAACAAUUCUAAAUUAAUGUAGAUGCUACCAUGAUUGCUGAUAAUCAUGAAUGAAUCCUGAAUAAUGAUGAGGGAGAACGUUACAGAGGCAUAAAUAUCAUAUCCCGCUACCAAAAAACUCCCGUUAUUGGUCAUGUUGAGAAGUUAGCAUGUUUUGGGGGUAUGGUCUUUGUGCCUCUAACUUUCUCACUCAUCAUUAUUCAGUAGUCAUUCACGAUUAUCCAUAAUGGUAGCAUCCACAUUAUUGUUGUGUUCAUAAACAUAUUCUAUUCUUAUUUACAAUAAAAGUGAUUCCAAAAUGAACAAUUCGGCUGCGUUUGACGAAUCUGAUCAGGUCUGAAAAAGAUCCGAUGAGAGAAAAUCUGAUUUUCAUUUGGUCAAAAGACCAAUUAGUGGAAAAAAGAUCAGCGCUGGGCUACCUGUUUUAAACACAACCUACAUUAUUCACCAUGCAGUUCCUUUUGGGCACAGCAUAAUCCAAAACACAACCAAAACAAACUGCAAAUGUAUCCAACAACUUUAAAGAGUCACAAGUUUGAUGUACAGUGUAGGCAUUGCGUGCUAGGACUAUGGGAACAAUUACUAAGCUUUUGACUACUAUAAUAGACUACAAGUAAAUUUGUCCAAAUACUUGAUACCUUCAAAUGUUGGGACUUGAUACAUAAAGUGCUUGAAAAAACCCUCAAAUAAAAUGUUACAUUCUGUACUGUUCCAUCAAAUGAAACAAUUGAUCUCAAAUCCAAAAUGCUGGAUUAUAGAGACAAAUUAAUAGUUUAAGCUUCACUGUCCAAAUAAAUACAGAGGGGUGAGUAUGUCACUUCAAUCUGAAAUUAUUUUUAAAUGGCGCAUUGUCGACAAAAUGCGAAAAUUUGUGCACAAGGAAUAGGGCUAAAAUGCAGGGUUAAUGUAGGAUUAAGGCAAGGUUGUGGUUUGCUACUCACAUGUGUUAUGCUUUCAAACAAGUCUCAAUGCAAAGUUUCACCUCACUUUAAUAGUUUGGAUUGAAUUCAACAAAAUAUGUAAAACGCUAGGAUAAUUACAAAAUCUAAGCAGUAAAAUUAUGAAUGUAAUAAAAGUAGGGAAACUGGACAUGGUAUAAUGAUAAAAAUGAAAGAUGUUUAUGUAAAUUACUGUAAUAUUGAACCAGGGAAAAUAUUUAAAUCAUUAAAAACAAAUCACCCUGUUUGGAAUAAAAAAUAUAUUAUUGUGUGUAUAACAAUUUUCUGUGAAUUGUAAGCAUUGUGCUUGUUGCGAUGUAAUAGCAGAAUAAAAAUAAAGGACUGUAUCUGAUGUUAUAUAAAUAUAUUUAUGCUUGUCCACUGAGGAAGUUGUGAUAGCACAUUCUCUGUAAAAAUAUCAAUAUAAAAAAAGAAAUAAUCAGACAUUAGCAUUA